AUGACAGUGGGGGAUUGGGUCCCAGAGCAAUCCCCUAUUUGGCACGAGCGUGUAGGAUCAUGUAGGAUUCGACAGAUCAUGGAUCGGAGUCCCGGAUACUCUGAAAUCACAAACCCUAGGGCGGUGACGACUACACUGAGUUCGGAGCCCUCGGCUCAGCCAGCAUCUGCUGCCACUGCUCCAGCACUGAUGGACCAAGUGCCAGUUGGUCUCGGGGGGUCCCAGGCGCCUGCGUCAUCAGCUUCCUUAGUGGCGCAGCCUGUUAGCGCUAGGCAGCGGCACCGGCCCGCCAACACCACCGACACCACUUCUACCGACGGUACUGGUGCCUCGGGGGCACAGCCAGCCAAGAAGAACACUCGAGGGUCGUGUCGGCAGCUGAAGACAGCGAAGGUCACCCGGGUGACCAACAGUUGUAUCAGUAUUGGAUACGACGCGUGCCAUCAGGCUGCACCGACGUCGGAGUUGUAUAGCUCCUCGGCCCAUGACAUUGGCCACGUCGUUCGGACCCAUUACCCGAUGCAAUGGAAGUCUUGGAAGGUCAUGCCUGACGAGAUCAAGAUGGAGGUUCGCGGCCAGUUGUCGAUGAACUACAACUUAGAGGACCUCGAUGAGGAGUCAUUGGCGUACGUCAACAGACUCUUCGGUGAGAGGUACAAGCAGUGGAAGAGUAACUUGCACCACCAUUUUGAGGCGUUUGAUGAUCCGCAAGUCGCUCUUCAGGAUGGUUGCCCGAAGGAGCUUGAGGGGCGAGAGGAUAGUUGGGCGUGGCUCUGCGCUCAUUUUCAAGCGCCCAAUUAUGUGAAUAAAGCCCAUGUGAAUAAGGGCAAUAGGAAGAAGAAGACUGUUCUCCACCAUUCCAGUUCCAGGCCCUUCUCAUAUAGGAUGGGUGCACUGCGGCGGGGGGGGUCGAAAUUCUCAGAGAUCGAGGUCUUUGGUGACGUUUAUGUUCGACCUGGGAAUGAGUUGGCUGAGUCCCUUCAUACAACGAUGGUGGAGAGGAGCCAGUUCGUUCUUCAGGAGUCCGCCUCCCAACUUCCUCCCGAGACUCCGAUUGAGUCUGUGGAUCCUCCACAGGAUGCUGGAUUUCAGAUAUUGACGGACACAUUGGAUCAGACUCUCGGGAAGAGGUCGAGAACAUAUUAUCGAGGGAUAGGGAAUGCUCGAUAG